AUGUCGCUUGAUCUCGAGAGACAUCUCGUCUUUUAUGCUACUUAUCACUACAAUCGCAUCAACAAGGGUAUUCACAUGCUCUGUGUCCCUGUCAUCCUGACUUCUGCCUUUGCUGUCGCGACAUAUACGGGACCUCUCGUCGACCUGCCACCAUGGCUCUCAGUCCCUAAUCUUGACCUUAAUCUCGGCACCAUCAUUGCGCUCAUCUAUACCGUCCUCUACCUGCUGCUCGAACCUGUUGCGGGCUUCAUCCUCGGCGCGUUUUGCCUGGGCAGCACUGCCUUUGCCCGCCACAUGAGCCUGCAGAACCCCGAGGAAACCUUGCAGGUCGCUGUAGGUGCUCACGUCUUGGCCUGGAUUGCCCAGUUCAUUGGCCACGCCGCCUUUGAAGGACGUGCCCCAGCCCUGCUAGACAGACUGGUUCAGGCCCUCUUCGUUGCCCCAAUGUUUGUCUGGUUCGAAAUCCUCUUUGUUUUGGGCUACCGCCCGGAGCUUCAGGCGCGUGUGGACAAGCAGGUCAGCGUUGACAUUGCCAAGCUCGAUGCUUCAGCCAAGAAUGGCAAAGCUCAAUAA